AUGGCCUUAAUAAAGCAAAUGAAUACUUUCUUCUUAUUUGACUCUCAUGCCAGAGACUCCAAUGGCAUGCCUAAUCCUAAUGGCACAGCUGUUGUCAUGAAGUUUAAUGAUAUUUUAGAUUUAGAGCAACAUUUUUAUUUUCUGUCAAUGGAAUUACAUACCAAUUUAUUUGAGAUUGUACCUGUGCAAUUAAUAACUUCUGAGACUAACAGUGAAAGAAAAGCUAGACUUUCUAAAGCUAAACAGUCUAGAAAACAAAAGCAUUCAGAUGAAAAUGAUUACAACAGACAAAUUAGACUUCAAAGGGGUAGUGAGUCUAAGAAAAGAAAGCGGUCAGAAGAAACUGACAGUGAUAGACAAAUUAGGCUUCAGAAAGCUAAGAAGUUUAAAAAGAGAAAGCAGCAGAGGAAACUGAAAGUGAUAGGCGAAAUAGGCUUCAGAAAGUUAAGGAGUCCAAAAAAAGAAAGCAGUCAGAGGAAACUGACAGUGAGAGACAAUUGCGACUUGAGAAAGAUAGACUUUAUCAAAAACAAAAGCGUGGACAAAGAGUAUCACAGCCUCAAUGUGAAACAAGCCAAUUCAAGGUUAUUUAAAUAUGUUUGA